GCAAUCUUCCCAAAAAGGUAAAAUAAUCCAUUACAACACAAAGUCCAUUUCAGAUUGAAUCUGAUACUCAAUGCUUAUUUUAACAAUCUUUUUGUAAUCGUUCCAGAAAUUGGAAACAUUGACCAGGAGGUACAAAAAUAUAACACUCCAGGCUUUGUCGGCUGCCUGUCACGAGUUCAGUUCAACGAUAUUGCACCACUCAAGGCUGCAUUGAGACCCAGCACCUCUUCUCUGGUCAGUGUCCAAGGAGAAUUUGUUGAAUCAAAUUGUGGAGCAUCCCCUUUAACCAUUUCACCAAUGCCAGCUGCAACAGAUCCAUGGCAUUUUGGCUCAGCCAGUGCAGAGUUUCCAUACAAUGAAGAGAGCACUAUCGCAGAUGGAGUGAAUCGAAAUUCAGCAAUUAUCGGCGGUAUUAUUGCAGUCGUAAUCUUCACCAUCCUUUGCACAUUAGUCUUUUUGAUCCGUUAUAUGUUCCGCCACAAAGGAACCUACCACACCAACGAGGCCAAGGGGGCUGACUCUGCCGAGAACGCCGAUGCAGCUAUCAUGAACAAUGAUCCCAACUUCACAGAAACCAUUGAUGAGAGUAAAAAGGAAUGGUUCAUCUAAGAUGCUUGCAGGAAGAUUCUCCACUGAUACUAUUUUGGUGAUUCUGAAAAGAUCAGCACAAGUGAACCAAAAUGGAAAACACACACACAAAGAGAGAAUAAGAUUCAAAAGAAACCUAAAUAUAUGAUACUAUGGAUUAGCACCAGUUUUGAAAAGAAUUUUCCCAAGUAGAUAAUACUAAUUGGAAUGCAUUUACACUUCAGAACAAAAAGCUGAUAGUUUAGAUGGUUACACAUAUGCCAAAUACCCAUUGUAAAUAUGUUUUAUGUAGAUCAUACAAGUUAUAAAUGAUAUGUUUUUGUUGCUAAAGAUGCUUAUGAAGUUCCUCUAUUUUACAAUGAAAACAGAUAAAUCUUCAUUGCCGAGUUUGUGAAAAGAAUGAUUUGGCAUGCCGUGGUUAAAAAUAACCUGUUUCUUUUUAAUUAUCAUUUGAGCUGGUUGCAUUUCUUUUUCAAUUUUUGUCUUAUUUCUCUAAAAGAAAAGCUCAUUCUCUCAAGCUAUUUGACUGGCAAGUUAUAAAUACAAUGGUCACAGAGAUGUGUGUUAAUACCUACACUCUUGUGUAUAUGUGUGAGGGAACAUCUGUGACCAGAGUGCAUGAUGGGAAUUACCAGAGUCUGUCUUCGCCCAUGGUGCCCUAAGUAACUGGAGAAUACUGAAGUGUACACAGCAAAUAAUUUUAAUCUUUCAUUUGUAUUGCUCAGCAAUUUCUGUUCUUAAUCUUUUAUCACUGUAAAAAUUUUCUAUUCUUAUAUUUUAUAAAUGUUCAUUAUCCUGUCCACUUCUAGCUUUUUAUGGUAAAACCUUGUGUUGUGCCAGUAAACAUUGUUUCUGCUAUUAAAGAGUUGCUUCAUUGACAGGGAAACAUUCACUGCUAUAAACUAGUCCAACGAGUUAGAGCAGGGUUUAUUUUUGCAUGCUUAGGGAGUCCAGGAUAUUUACAUUGUGGAAGCUCAGAAGUACCUGUAUUUGCCUUUGGACUGAUGGGGUGUGAUCCAUUGUAUUCUAAUUUAAUAAAAACACUCUUACACAUAGUGUUUUCUGUUCAGGAAUUUAGGAUAGUUUAUAAAUUUUGGAAUUUACAAAUUGUGUCAUGCCUUAUUUUAAGUAUGUACUGUAGUUUGGUUAAAAAUUGAGGGGGAAUACAACAUUAAAAGAGCCUUGCUGUAAAUGUGUGUUUUUUUUAUA